AACAAAUCGAAGAGAUCGAUGAUGAUAUUGUAGAUGAGAGAAGGCAGAAGUUGCGCAAACUCGUCCAUGUUAAUAUUAAUGACGAUGCCAAGAACGAUAAAGUGGUAGAUGAAAGUUUGAUGAAAAGUUGUUCUGAUCAGUCGGAUGAUAAUGAACAAGUAUUCCGACUUUUCUCAACAUCAACGCCACAAAAAAUUGUUCUCAAAUCAACAUCAAUAAAAGAAUAUAAUGGCCGAGUAUCCUAUCUCCGUCAACUAAAGAAACAGCAACUUAUUUCCCUUAG